GGUACCCGUCUAUUGUUAGUGGUCACGUUUCGCCGUUCUGGUCUUGGGCAAAUCGAAUAUUUAUUAGAAAUCCAGUCUUUGAUGCUAUUAACAUUUUCAGAGGAUAGUGUUAAAAUAUCCUAAAUUGACGAAAUGUCGGAGAUUUGUACAUGAAAAGGGAAAUUCUGAGUAUCUGUGCAUCCUUUAAUGGAGAGUGGCCCGAGGAAAUAGUCGCCAUGUUUGAACUGGAAUACGCUAUCUCCCUGGAUUGAAAUACGGCCCGAUGUCGUACUCGCGAUACAUCCGCCAGCAAAACUUGCUGGUCAAAGUGUUUUUGCUCACCUCGAUAUUCUGGCUAUCUGUGGACUUUCUAUUUUUCUUGACCUUCCUAAAUCACCAGUACAACUUUUUCUCUAAAGAGACCAUCAUUCCUAGUACAAUAGAUGUCCAGUACUUGGCUCAACGCCCACCAGAGGUAGCCAAGCGAGUACAGCGUGACCCUGCGUAUCCCUUCCACGACGUUGUCAUCCCGGGACUAGGUGACUUGGGCGAAGCAGCGACCCUUCCUACACGCUUCAAGGAGCAUGCUGCCCAUGCGUUUGAUAACCACUCUUUCAAUGUCAUGCUCAGUGACCGCAUCUCUCUUGAUCGCCGACUCAAGGAUGUACGGGGACCCAAGUGUAAACGCAAGCACAAGCUCUACCCAAGGGCCUUACCAACCACUAGCGUGAUUAUCUGCUUCCAUAACGAGGCUCUCUCCGUGCUGCUACGCACCGUUCACAGCGUGCUCAACGAGUCUCCGCCCCGCCUUAUCGCCGACAUCAUACUAGUAGACGAUUACAGCGAAUACGAUGAUUUAAAACAACCUCUCAUUGACCACAUCAGCAUGCUGAACAAGGUCAAGCUUAUUCGUAUGCCUAGCCGUCAGGGUCUAGUCCCUGCUCGGCUGCGAGGGGCAGAGGAGGCACGUGGCGAGGUGCUGACAUUUUUGGAUUCUCACUGCGAGGCGACACCAGGUUGGCUGGAGCCUCUUCUUGUUCGUAUUGCCGAGGAUCGCAGAAAUGUCGUUUGCCCCGUCAUAGAGGUCAUCAAUGCUGACGAUUUUCGUUACCAGGCCUCGGACGUGAUACACGAGCGUGGCGGUUUCACCUGGGAUCUUUUUUUCACCUGGAAAGCGAUCCCCGAGGCAGAGAAAAAACGACGAAAAGACGAAACUGAUUACAUAAGGAGCCCCACGAUGGCAGGUGGACUAUUUGCCAUCCACAAGAAAUACUUUUACGAUCUUGGCUCGUAUGACAGUAAGAUGGAGAUCUGGGGAGGAGAGAACCUGGAAAUGUCCUUUAGGAUUUGGAUGUGUGGCGGGCAGCUUGAGAUAGUCCCUUGCUCUAGGGUAGGCCACGUGUUCAGGAAAUAUACGUCGCCGUACAAGUUUCCUAAAGGUACGACCACUACCCUGGCCCGCAACUUCAACCGGUUGGCCGAGGUCUGGAUGGAUGAAUACAAGGACCACUACUACAGAAAGAAGACCGAGGAGGAACGAAACGUCGACAUCGGCGACAUCAGCGAUAGAGUCGCACUAAGGAAGAGAUUGGGCUGCAAGAGCUUCAAGUGGUAUUUGGAUAACAUCUACCCUGACAUGACGAAUGUUGACCCCAACCCACCCGCCCAGGGCGAGAUCCGCAACAAAGAAUCAAGUCUGUGUCUGGACACGCUGGGCGAGAAGAACAUCAAGCGUGUGGGCCUGUACACGUGUCAUGGCAUGGGAGGCAACCAGUUCUUCACUUUGACAAAAAGCAACGAGAUUCUGUUUAAUGACGACAAAUGCUUGGAUUCCCCAAAUGGCGACCCUGGAAGUUACGUUGAGAUGAUAACUUGCCACGGGCUGAAGGGAAACCAAGAGUGGAAACACAACAAGCGAAUGGGUACCAUAGUACAUGUUUGGACCGAAAACUGUCUAGAUAUCUCCCAAGAUGGACAGUUUAUUAUAGUCAACCCGUGCGAUGGAAGCUCUACACAGAGAUGGAAGUUCUCGCGAUAUCAAUCCAAGUCAUCUGCGCCAAGUACGGCUGACUACCAAGCAUAGAAACUUCAAAACUUCGAAAAAAAUAGUAAUGAGCGCAUCUUUUUUUCCGGAAAAGCACUUUCUCUACGCCAUGGCUAUUGUGAACAGAGAUUUCUUUACGCCAUGGCUAUUGUGAACAGAGCUUUAUCUAAGCCAUGGCUAUUGUGAACAGAGCUUUCUCUACGCCAUGGUUAUUGUGAACAGAGCUUUCUCUACGCCAUGGCUAUUGUGAACAGAGCUUUUUCUACGCCAUGGCUAUUGUGAACAGAGCUUUCUCUACGCCAUGGCUAUUGUGAACAGAGCUUUCUCUACGCCAUGGCUAUUGUGAACAGAGCUACGGCGUUAUUCAAAUGAUAAUCGAUAAAAUUUAUCACCAUCACCGUUCACAUGCAUGAAAGGAAACAACACAAAACGAAGAACUUCUCUGUCUGACUGACAUACACUAUUUUAUUAGGAAACGAAUGUCCCCUUGUCAAAACCAACUUACCUACAUACAAAAAAUAUAUUAGGUAUGCCAGAAUUAGUUAUUAUUAUAAAUUAUCAUAUAUCUACAUAUGAUAAAAUAUUAUUAUUUUAUGUUCUAAACAUACACACAUACGAUAAACGUACAUAUGAUAAAAUGUUAUUAUUUCAUGUUCUAAAAGAAGCAGCCGUUGCCAACACGUUUGGAGAGUCUUCCAUCCCCAACGGUUUGUGACAGUACAUCAAGUUUGUUGCGGAACUCGUCAAUAUUUACGUAGCAGCCCUGUGAAAGAAAUCAAACUAAAUGUAAGAUUUUGAUCUUCUGGGAGAAGUAUCGAGCUCCAAUGACCGGGAGAUUUCAUCAAAUGUAUUGUACAUGCUCCAUAGUAUUAAAAGAUGGAAUUCUCAACACCUCA